AUGUAUCCCUAUGUAUUCCCUUCAUUCAAUCUGGUGGGCAGUGUGCUAGAGAAGUUUCAGGAACAUCAUAGUUCCUUACUUCUGAUAGCGUCCAUGUGGCCGAGGUUUCUGGAGAUCUUGUUGUUUCUGGUGGAAGCAGCUGUUGGCUCUCCACAUCAGAUGGAAUCUCCUUCCCCAGCCUUAGUCCAGGACAAUGCUACUUCAUCCAGAGAUCCUUCACCAUUAUGUGUAGAGUCUAUCUCAGGAAGUCUCAUUCAGACACAAUUUCACAAGACAUUAACAGCCUGUAGUAACCCUCGCAAGCAGUGCAGUAAUCUAAGUAACCCUGACUACCAGGGCAUUAACAGUUAUAGACCUACCUAUCUAGGCAAGAACAGUGGUAACCUGGGCCACCAGGUUAGUAAUACAAGUCAUCCAGGCAAUCAAGGCACCAGUAAAGGAAAUCUAGACCAUCAGGGCAGUAACAUAAGUAACCCAGGCCAACCAGGUAACAACACUUGUAAACCAGGCCAUCAGGGCAGUAACAUAAGUAACCCAGGCCAACCAGGCAACAACAGUAGUAACCCAGGCCACCAGGGCAGUAACAAAAGUAACACAGGCCAACCAGGCAACAACAGUAGUAACCCAGGCCACCAGGGCAGUAACAUAAGUAACCCAGGCCACCAGGGCAGUAACAUAAGUAACCCAGGCCACCAGGGCAGUAACAAAAGUAACUCAGGCCAACCAGGCAACAACAGUAGUAACCCAGGCCACCAGGGCAGUAACAAAAGUAAACCAGGCCACCAGGCAACAACAGUAGUAACCCAGGCCACCGGGGCAGUAACAAAAACUUCCAGUGAACAGCUCUGUAGGAUCUCAGUGGGCAAUACAACAGAAUUUCAUCAAUCAACACAGCUGGAUCUCAGUGGGCAAUACAACAGGUUUUCAUCAAUCAACACAGUAGGAUCUCAGUGGGCAAUACAACAGGCUUCCACUGGUCAACACUGCAGGAUCUCAGUGGGCAAUACAACAGGUUUUCAUCAAUCAACACAGCUGGAUCUCAGUGGGCAAUACAACAGGUUUUCAUCAAUCAACACAGCUGGAUCUCAGUGGGCAAUACAACAGGUUUUCAUCAAUCAACACAGCUGGAUCUCAGUGGGCAAUACAACAGGUUUUCAUCAAUCAACACAGCUGGAUCUCAGUGGGCAAUACAACAGGCUUCCACUAGUCAACACAGCUGGAUCUCAGUGGGCAAUACAACAGGCUUCCACUAGUCAACACAGCUGGAUCUCUUCCACUGUUGCAGGAUCUCAGAGGGCAAUACAACAGGUUUUCAUCAAUCAACACAGCUGGAUCUCAGUGGGCAAUACAACAGGUUUUCAUCAAUCAACACAGCUGGAUCUCAGUGGGCAAUACAACAGGCUUCCACUAGUCAACACAGCUGGAUCUCAGUGGGCAAUACAACAGGCUUUCAUCAAUCAACACAGCAGGAUCUCAGUGGGCAAUACAACAGGAUUCCAUUGGUCAACACAGCUGGAUCUCAGUGGGCAAUACAACAGGAUUCCACUGGUCAACACAGCAGGAUCUCAGAGGGCAAUACAACAGGAUUCCACUGGUCAACACAAGAGGAUCUCAGUGGGCAAUACAACAGGCUUUUAG